UUGAGUUACAAUUCCCAACUAUAAAAGUCCUCUCCCAAACCAAACGCUUGUUAACAUCCUAUAACAAAACCCUAGCGGCCAAGCAGUUUCAAUCUCCAACGAUGGCGGAUGUCGAUACUGAGGUGGCGGUUGCAGGACAGCCAAAGAAGAGAACAUUUAAGAAGUUCUCUUUUAGAGGAGUGGAUUUGGAUGCUCUUCUCGACAUGUCCACUGACGAGCUCGUCAAGCUCUUCACCGCACGUGCUCGCAGAAGGUUUCAGAGGGGUUUGAAGAGGAAGCCCAUGGCUUUGAUUAAGAGACUUCGCAAGGCGAAAAGGGAGGCUCCGCCUGGUGAGAAGCCAGAGCCAGUUCGCACUCAUCUCCGCAACAUGAUCAUUGUGCCAGAAAUGAUUGGAAGCAUUAUUGGUGUUUACAAUGGUAAGACCUUCAAUCAGGUUGAAAUCAAGCCAGAAAUGAUUGGGCAUUAUCUCGCAGAAUUUUCAAUUUCAUACAAGCCUGUGAAGCAUGGUAGACCUGGUAUUGGUGCUACCCAUUCAUCAAGGUUCAUUCCUCUGAAGUGAGAUAUAUUUGAUCAAAUUUUUGUUUGUUCCACCUUCAACUUCUUGACAAUAGUAAUGUUUUGAAUAGUUAAUUUAGAUGAUGGAACUUCAGAUUCUAGUUUAAAAAAGCUUGUUUGUUUCAUGGUAUCUCACACUUUAUGGCAGUUUAAGAUUCCGGGUUUUGUUGAAUUAAUCUAACUUAAAUACAAUUAGUGAAGUGCAAUAAUUCCUUA